CCAACCCCUGACACGCCGACAGACCGUGACGGUGCUCGAUCCCGUAUGACGUCGCCGGCGCGUGAUUAUGAGAUGUUCGAGGAUGAGAGUGCUAUCCUUGGAGAUAAUCCUGCUGAGGAGGAGGAGGAUGGCGAGGAGCUUUUUGGAGAUAAUAUGGAAGCAGAUUACCGUCCAAUGCCAGCGCUGGAUCGCUAUGAUACUGAAGACAUGGACAAUGACGACUACGACCCGAUGUCUAUUGAAGACCGAGUUGCAGCUGAGCAGGAGAUGCGACGCCGCGAUCGCGACGAAGGGAGAAUGCGGCGGGAUGACCGUGGAUUGUUAUACGAUGAUUCCGAUGAAGAAAACGAGGAAGCCCCGCGUGCAAAACGUCGCCGCGCGGCUGAAAAGGCGGCUAUGGGUGGAGAAGAACAAGUUGAGGAAGGAAUUGAGAGUAUUGAGAACCUUGAGGAUACAAAGGGGUACACCAUCAAGGAGUGGGUCUGCAUGCUGGGACCUAGAACAGAAAUUGCUAAUAGGUUCAAAAACUUCAUUCGUACCUUCACAAACAGCAAAGGACAGUAUGUCUACAAAGAACGCAUAAGACGCAUGUGUGAACACAAUCAAUCAUCAUUCCAUGUCGAAUUCAACGUACUAGCUCGUCGCGAACAAGUACUUGCGUACUUCCUGCCAGAGGCACCAUUUCAAAUGCUACAAAUCUUUGACGAGGUCGCCUUAGAGAUUGUAUUACAGAUAUUCCCAAGUUACGAACGCGUUACACCUGAAAUACAUGUUCGUAUAUCGGAUUUGCCACUCAUAGAAGAACUCCGAACCUUCCGGAAGCUACAUUUGAAUCAAUUAGUGAGAACGGUUGGAGUGAUAACGGCCACUACUGGUGUUUUACCUCAACUGUCUGUAGUGAAAUAUGAUUGUAACAGAUGUGGGUAUAUUUUGGGACCAUUCGUGCAAUCUCAGAGUUCGGAAGUCAAGCCUGGUUCCUGUCCGGAGUGUCAGAGCUCUGGGCCGUUUAUGGUGAAUAUGGAACAAACCAUAUACCGUAACUACCAAAAAGUGACUAUACAAGAAUCUCCCGGUCGCAUACCGGCAGGCCGUAUUCCGCGCAGCAAAGAUUGCAUUUUGUUGGCUGAUCUGUGCGACAGAUGCAAGCCUGGGGACGAGGUCGACCUGACAGGAAUAUACACUAACAAUUAUGAUGGAUCUUUGAAUACUGAACAGGGUUUCCCAGUAUUUGCAACAGUCAUAAUAGCUAACUACAUAGUAGUGAAGGACUGCAAGCACAUUGUGGAAUCUCUCACUGAUGAAGACGUAGCUAACAUCGUUAAGUUGUCCAAGGACCCGCGAAUCGGAGAGCGAAUUAUACAAAGUAUAGCGCCCUCUAUUUACGGACAUGAGUAUAUUAAGAGAGGAUUGGCGUUGGCUCUGUUUGGUGGAGAGUCUAAGAAUCCAGGUGAGAAGCACAAAGUAAGAGGUGAUAUUAACGUACUGAUUUGCGGUGAUCCAGGAACUGCUAAGUCACAGUUUUUAAAGUACACAGAGAAGAUUGCCCCACGCGCCGUGUUCACAACCGGUCAAGGCGCUAGUGCUGUAGGUCUCACUGCCUACGUGAGAAAAAACCCUACUACAAGAGACUGGACAUUAGAAGCGGGAGCUCUAGUGUUGGCGGAUCGCGGCGUAUGCCUCAUCGACGAGUUCGAUAAGAUGAAUGAUCAAGACCGCACCUCGAUUCACGAGGCUAUGGAGCAACAGAGUAUCUCUAUUUCAAAAGCUGGCAUUGUCACUUCUUUACAUGCCAGAUGUUCGGUAAUAGCAGCGGCCAAUCCAAUUGGCGGGCGUUACGAUGCGUCCCUUACAUUUUCCGAGAACGUGAAUCUCUCCGAGCCUAUUUUGUCUCGGUUCGACAUUCUCUGCGUCGUCAGAGACGAGGCCGAUCCCAUGCAGGACGAGCAUUUGGCUAAGUUCGUGGUAAGCUCCCACAUCAGACACCAUCCGACUCAACGAGGCACAGUAUUAGAAGACACCAAUGGGGUCGACCCAGAAUUUACUUUGUCUCAAGAUCUGCUUAAGAAAUACAUCGUCUAUUCGAGAGAGAAUUUGCAUCCUAAACUGCAGAAUAUGGAUCAAGACAAAGUGGCGAAAAUGUACAGUCAGCUGCGCCAAGAAUCUUUGGCAACGGGCAGCUUACCGAUCACCGUUCGUCACAUUGAAUCUGUGAUUCGAAUGUCGGAGGCUCACGCGCGCAUGCACCUGCGACAGCAAGUGAAUGAGGAGGAUGUGAACAUGGCCAUCCGCACUAUGCUGGAGAGCUUCAUUGACACGCAGAAGUACAGCGUCAUGCGCGCCAUGAGACAGACAUUCCAAAAGUACCUCUCCUACAAAAAGGAUCACAGUGAACUUCUCUACUACAUUCUCCGCCAGCUUACAAUGGACCAAUUGGCUUACAUGAGGGGCCUACACCACCACUCGCUGCCCACAAUCGAGAUAUCAGAACGCGACCUUAUGGAGAAGGCCAGACAGAUCAACAUAACGGACUUGAAACCAUUUUAUGAGAGCCGUAUCUUUAAAAUGAAUGGGUUUUCUUACGAUCAGAAGAAAAAAGCUAUCAUCCAUGUGUUGCCACAGGCGCCUGCAGUGUCGUAAUUUUUUUGAAGUAUUUUUUUAAUUAACUAAUUUUAAGGUAUUACGUUAUGACUGUAGUAAUGGAUAUUAAAUAAGUACAAAU